UAAAUCAAUUAUCAUCACCACGAACCACGAUGGCAGUUCUUAUGGGAGCCCCGCUAUGAAUUUAUGAACCUAAGAGCCUAUGUCGUUCUAGCCCUCCGGCCCGUUUAGAAUUCUACAUUCCGCUAACCAUUUCUUCCUUACCUCUCUACCUCAACAACACCGUAUAUGAACCUGGCUUUGUCUACUUUGCCAACCUAAUUAAUUACCCUUCGUUUUUUUCUGUUGUUCCUUGCGCUCCUUAUCGGUCAGUAUAUGCAUGUGCUGUCUUCCCAUUGCUUAGCUGUCAAGGUUGUUGGUUGAUAUAACUUUCUCCACGCCUGACCGCCUUCUUUUGCUACUAGUUAUCUACCUAUUUUAUACCUAGUAUCUUUUCUCCCCCGUGAAAUUCAUUGCAUUGCAUUUAUAUUAUCUACUUGACUUUGUUCCAUAACUGCAAUAUCGCGCACCGAUUUUCACCUCUAGAUCGAGAGAAUUAGCACUAAACUGAUUAUCGCAGAGACCAAACUAGAAGCCGAUAUCGCCUCUACGAACGACGUCAUAAAGGAGGCUGAACAAAUGUCGACCCGCGAAUCCCCUGUUAAUGGCAGUUCGCAAGACUCGCCGGAACUACCACCCCAUGAGCGAACCUCUAUUACGAAUGUUCCUGUAACCCCGGGCAUCCAAUCCUCGACUUACCUGUCGCGAGCGGGCAUCGAUUCUACUGGGACAUCUAGCCCCAGCUACUUUACACGAGAUCCCGCCAAGAACGGAACGAGUGCCUCUUCUGGGCCUGCAUCGCAACCUGUCCCAAAUGAAUCUUCUCCCUCCAACCUAGUGAAAGAUGCUCCCACCGACCUUGAGGUUCUGCGUCGGAUGAGCGUAUCAACUAAGGGGCGAAGGCAGUCCAUCUCGGAAAUCAAGGCUGCUGCCCCUGAGUUAGCUCUCAGUGGAAAUAUUCUCUCGGUUACUUUCACAACUCCUCACGCUCUAAAGUACCAUAAGAACGGUGAAUGGGAACUAGGUUACCGUCGCGGCCAGUCAGCUCUUUUCGAUUCCUUCUCCUAUCUUUCGUCAGAUGAAACGCCUUGGAACCAUACAGUUGUCGCUUGGACCGGCGAAAUAGAAGCACCCGUCGAAUCACUCGCCUCUCCAGAAGUCCUCCAGGACACCACUUCUACUAUACCAGCUCUUAGCCACCUCUCGGCGCCUAUCCCAUUAGAUGGAGAGACACCGCCUACACCACCCGAGGUUGAUGGCCUGUGGAUCCCGCAGGACCACCAAGCUAGGUUAGAGCAGCAGCUGAUCCAUGAUAAGCGCAUUAAAACGGUGCCAGUAUGGCUUGCUGAUGAUGCCGAGACGAGCAACGAGGGAAUUACGUUAAAUGAUCAAUCACGAUGGAGGCGGUAUGCAGAACACACGAUUUACCCAUUAUUCCACUAUAAACAGCACGAGCCAAACGACGGUCGAUCGGAACGUAUCGAAUGGGCCGACUACUUCCGCACCAACUUGAAGUUUGCUGACAAGAUAGUCGAGAUAUAUAAGCCAGGAGACGUGGUGGUUAUUCAUGACUACUAUUUGCUGUUACUUCCUAGUAUGCUACGACAAAGAAUGCCCAACAUGUACAUUUCAUUCUUCCUACACUGCCCGUUCCCCAGCAGCGAAUUUUUAAGAUGUCUGCCGCGGAGGAAGGAGGUCCUAGAAGGUAUGCUUGGAGCCAACCUCGUUGGUUUCCAGUCAUACAGCUAUUCUCGUCACUUUGCCAGCUGUUGCACGCGGAUACUUGAUUUCCCUUCAGAUUCCGUGGGUGUCGAUGCGUACGGGUCUCGAGUUGAGGUCGGUGCUUUUCCAAUCGGCAUUGAUGUUGCCAAGGUAGAGCAGAUGGCGUGGUCCAAAGAGGUGUCAGAAAUGUACGAUGAUCUGAAGGAGCUCUACAAGGACAAACAAAUUAUUGUGGGACGUGACCGUCUGGAUAGUGUCCGCGGUGUUGCGCAAAAGCUUAUGGCGUUCGAAAGGUUCCUAGAGCUCUAUCCCGACUGGAGAGAGAAGGUGGUAUUAAUCCAGGUCACCUCGCCGAACACGAUUGAAGAAGGAGGAGAGGAGCCAGAGAACAAGAUUGCAAGCCGAGUCAAUGAGCUGGUCAUGAGAAUUAAUGGCACUUAUGGCAGCCUCGGAUUUUCGCCAGUGCAGCACUAUCCCCAAUACCUAUCGCCAGCCGAGUACUUUGCUUUGCUGAGAGCUGCAGACAUUGGCUUGAUCACGUCAGUCCGAGACGGCAUGAACACGACCAGCUUGGAAUAUGUUGUUUGCCAACGCGAUACGCAUGGCCCGCUUAUUCUUUCUGAAUUCAGCGGUACUGCGGGAAGCUUGCGCGAUGCCAUACAUAUAAACCCUUGGGACCUUACGGAUGUUGCCCAUCAAAUCCACAAUGCGCUCACCAUGGAUGCAGACAAGCGCAUGGGCAUGCAGUCAAGCCUCUACAAGCACGUCACCACACAGAAUGUUCAGAGUUGGAUUGCCAAGUUCCUUCGCAAGCUCGUCGGCACCCUAGCAUCUAACAAGAAUAACAAUGUCACCCCUCUGCUGGACCGUACUUUGAUGUUGAAGCAGUAUCGUCAAGCCACCAAGCGCCUCUUUAUGUUUGACUACGAUGGCACAUUAACUCCGAUUGUGAGAGAUCCCCAGUCGGCCGUUCCAUCAGAGCGUGUCAUUCAGACAUUGAGGGCGCUAGCAGCAGACCACCGCAAUGCUGUGUGGAUCAUCUCAGGCCGAGACCAAGAUUUCCUCCAGCAACACCUGGGACACAUCUCCGAAUUAGGAUUCAGUGCCGAGCACGGGAGCUUUAUGAGACACCCGGGCCAGGACACUUGGGAGAACUUGGCUGAGAAGCUAGAUAUGGGUUGGCAAGCAGAUGUCGUUGAUGUCUUCCAGAAAUAUACUGACCGCGUGCCUGGCUCAUUCAUAGAGCGUAAACGUUGCGCUUUGACUUGGCACUACCGUCAGGCCGACCCCGAACAAGGUCUGCAUGCAUCGCUAGCGUUGCAUAAAGAGCUCGAGGAAGGUGUAGUCACAAAAUGGGAGGUGGACGUGAUGAAGGGCAAAGCCAACCUCGAAGUGCGCCCAACGUUUAUUAACAAGGGCCAAAUCGCCAAACGUCUGAUCAAUGACUACAAUACCGACAUUGCGCACAUAGGCGGUAACAAAUCUGACGCCAAGGACAAAGGGGGAAAUGUGGAUUUCGUGCUAUGCAUGGGAGACGAUUUCACGGACGAAGAUAUGUUCCGAGCUCUAAACGGCAUCAGCGGCACGCAAGUCGAGGCCAACCAGGUGUUCACCGUUACGGUCGGUGCUAGCACGAAGGUGACUCUGGCCAAGUGGCAUAUGCUGGAGCCAGAAGACGUGGUGGAGUCGAUAGCUCUCCUCGCCGGAGUGGGACUGAGUGGUGAGGCUCACGAGCAACUAAGUCAAGUAAAUUUGGCAACGGUUGCGGGACUCGAGGGUCACAUCCCGGCAUGACUCCCAAAAUCGAAACUAUGAUUACAUUUAGGGACAGAAAUCAGUGUAGACAAAGAGCGUGGCGCUAGGUUAUCAGGGCUCGGGCUAGAGGAUUCAUUCGUGCAUACGAAAUACGUGGUGAUGUUUAAUAUCACAAUCACAGAGAGCGAGGUUUCGAGAAGCAUAAACGAUGAAUUCGGAACCCAUAGGAACUUUGAAAAGAUCAGAGGUUAUUGUUAUCCUGGCUUACAAAGAUACGAAAAUAAAGUAUACCAUUUACCUACACGUGUAUUAGUAGGCGUCUGCUUAUCUAUAGUUGGGACGGCAAUGCGAAUGCGCCGCCUUGAUACAGGAGGUGGGGAGAGCUGUGGUUUAUCACUGUCUCCACCUACCUACUAUAUAUGUGGAUAGGUUAUAUUAGGUAGGCACCUUAGCAGUAGAUAUCUAUAUGUGUGUGUACCCAGUCAUACGAUUUAAGGAUUUGAAGCGGCAGUUGU